UAUAUAUGUGAUGAUUUUAAUUUACAGCAUGAAAACUAUAAAAUUAUUAUAUUUAGCAUAAUUAUACAAACAUUUAAAUAUGUGAGUAACAUUAAAAUAUAUAAUAAUUAUGUAAAACAAAUAUCUAUAUAUAUAAAUGUGAAAAUAUAUACCCGCACGGUUGUGCGGGUGGAAAUCUAGUUUAUACUGAAUUAUUAGUGAUUGGAAAUAAAAUAUUCGUGGUUUUUUUUUGCAAGGGCCCAACGUAAGACAUGUUCAUUUAUUGUAAAUCUUUUAGAUAGUUUGAUUAAAUAAGUUUACUGUUUAUGUAUGUAGCAGUAGCCCAAAUACAUAUACCAGACACCACGAAAAUUGAACUUAGUGUAACAAUAAAGACACAUAUUUACUAUUAUAUAACAUAAGUUUUUUACUCUUUAGCUAAGAGGCAAAAUAUUUUUAUCUGAAAGUUUUGUUACAUUGGUAAUUCUAUCCAGUCUUAGACCACAUCAAAUUUAAUAAUAUAAUAACCGUUCGUUGUAAAAAAAAAACAUAAAUUUCUGUACAAUUUUUUGAUUUUUGCGUGCGGAUCAGUACCUAGUUUUAAUAAUAAAAUAUGAAAUUUAAAAACUUUCAUAAAACUCAAUUAUAUUUCAUUACGUUUUUCUUUGCCACAGAAUUAAUCAUUACGUUACCAACAUAAAAUUCCUAUAAAUUCCCCUCUCACGUCCCUUCUUCAGCAAUAUCCUUCACCCUCAAGAAACCAACUUUCUCUGAAAAUAAAACACACAAAAAUGGUUUAUAAAACAUCAUGUCUUCUUCUUCCUUUGGCUCUCGUAUUUCUUGAUUUCAUCAUAACCUCAUCAUUAGCCAAACCUAUUCCAACCACAUUCAUCAACGUCUUAACCUACGGAGCUAAACCAGAUGGCUCAACAGACUCAACCAAAGCCUUCUUAGCCGCGUGGCAAGUCGCUUGUGCCUCUGUUAAUCCUACAACUAUUAUCGUACCAAAAGGACGAUUCUUGGUCGGAAACCUUGUGUUCCAAGGCAAGAAAUGUACGGACACUCCAAUAUCUAUUCGUAUAGCCGGAUCACUGAUUGCUCCCGAAGAUUAUAGAAUUGUCGCAAGCUCAGAACAGUGGAUCUGGUUCGAGAGUGUCACUGAUGUUUCAAUAUAUGGUGGUAUACUUGACGCUCAAGGUUCUAGUUUGUGGAAUUGCAAGAACAAUGGUGGUAGCAAUUGCCCUACCGGUGCCAAGACUUUGUUGUUUAGUGGGUCGAAUAACAUCAAUAUUAACGGUUUAACGUCGAUAAACAGCCAGAAAUUCCAUAUAGUAAUCAACAGUUGCAAUAACGUGAACAUAGACGGCGUUAAAGUUUCUGCUGAUGCUAAUAGCCCUAACACUGAUGGGAUUCACAUCCAAUCAUCUCACUUAGUUAGUAUCACUAACUCAAGAAUUGGAACCGGAGACGAUUGCAUCUCCAUAGGUCCAGGAUCUACUCAUGUUUCCAUACAAGGCAUCCAAUGCGGUCCAGGCCACGGAAUCAGUAUCGGAAGUCUUGGGAUAGCAGAGGAAGAACAAGGAGUGGAGAAUGUGACAGUGAGUAACGUGGAUUUCACGGCAACUAGUAAUGGAGUUAGGAUCAAGACAUGGGCGAAAAACAGCAAGAGUUUCGCUAGAAACAUCGUUUUUCAGCAUAUUAAUAUGCAGAUGGUUAAGAACCCGAUCAUCAUAGACCAACACUAUUGUUUUUACAAACCUUGCCCUAAACAGGAGUCUGGAGUUGAAGUAUCAAAUGUGAGAUAUGAAGAUAUACACGGGACAUCGAGUACGGAUGUGGCGGUUAAGUUGGAUUGCAGUAAGGAGAAACCCUGUACCGGUAUUGUAAUGGACAAUGUGAAUCUCGCCUUGCAACUGGUGAACCAACCGGCUCAGGCUUCUUGUAGUAAUGCAAACGGAUUAGCUAAUGAUGUCGUCAUCCCGUUUACUCCUUGUCUGAAGAGAGACAUACUUAUGACAUGAUAUAUAGAUGGAUACCUGAAGUGAUGUUGUCCCGGUCGCUCCUUGUCUAAAGAUGAGUUUAUGCUGAUGAAUCCCUGAACGACGUCGUCUUACUUGCUACUUGCUUUUUUUUUUUUUUUUUACGUUGCUACUUGUUUCGGUAUUUGAGGAUUCGUUGUAUCGAAGCUAUGGUUUCAACCUUUAAAGUAAUAAUUAUAAUUUUUCGCCCAUAUAUAUACUUUUAUUUCAGUAACGUAAAGGAUAAACUUUGACAAUCAUCUCAUGGUUGAUCGGCCUAUUGAGGUAUAACCACCAUGUAAAAACCCAAACGUCAAAGCCUACAGUUACGUGGUUGAGUUCCAGCCAUUUUUGAUACAACUUGAAACUGGGGACUCCACUUCAAAACCAAACCCUCGUCUUUAGCCACUGAUUCAAGAAACCAUGACGGGAGCUUUGACUCCUCUGAAUCCCUGACCACCAACAAGUACAGUUUCUUAUCGCAAAAGCAAGCUCUUUCUAUGAACAUUGCUAAACUGAGCCAUGCUACCAAAUGCUAUGUAUACAACUGACCCUUGCGGCCUAGUGUUGAGCCAGACAGUGCAAAAGGCAGCUUGUUCCCUCUAAGAGGUUCAGAUCAUAGUCAGUGUCUGAUUUGAUUUGUGGUCUAACUACAUUUGGCAUAGACGGACCAAUUGGCAAUAACUAAAAAUAAUAGCAUAACUAGGGUAAAAAAAAAGAGAAAUUAAAC